GCGGAACAUUGUGGACGUAGGACCGUGCGUCUCUACGGAUUGUUAUUAGUGUCGUACCGAAGUAGGACGCAUGUGCGGGUUUUUCCGAAGUCCGUGAAGUAAACAGGGACCUGGUUUUUCAAUCCGUUUAUAAGUGGAUAUUGUGUGUUUGAAAUAAUAAUCUGGGCUUAAUUGUCUUUGUAUCGGGGGGAAAGAAACAACCUAAAGUACUAAAAUGGCGGCCGUACCGGCAGAGUCUGACAGCGAUGACAGCAUGGAUGAAUUUAUGAACAACUUCAAAACUGGUGGAUACACGGGUGCAUUCAACAAGGACACAUGGGAACAGGAGUUCGAUAAAAUACCAAUGUUCAUGAAAACUGCCCCUGAAGAAUUCGACCCACGUGAAUACCCUGAACUAGGCUGCAUCCAGGCCAUCAUCCACGAUGAAGACAGGUCUCCAGAAGAACAAGCCAAAAGUCUGAAAGACGAAGGCAAUGCCUAUUUCAAGGAAAAGAAAUACGAUAAAGCAGUUGUGGCCUACACAGCAGCCCUGCAGAAGUACACGGAAGACCCGGAGCUCAACACUGUGCUUCUCACCAACCGUGCAGCAUCACAUUAUUAUCUAGGGAACAUGCGUUCUUCUCUUAAUGAUGCCUCAGCAGCAAAGAAGAUUAAACCGACACAUCUCAAAGCACUAAUCAGAGGUGCUCAGUGUUGCAUAGAGCUACGCAGCUACACAGACGCCAUCAAGUGGUGUGAUGAGGGGCUCAAAGCCCACCCCACUGAGAAGAAACUGCAGGACUUGAGAGUCACUGCAGACAAACACAAGAGGGCAGCAGAGAGGGAUUCUAGAAAAGCCAAGAUCAAGGAAAAAAAGUUGCAUGGUGAGAAGGAAGUUCUUCUUGCUGCUAUAAAGGAUCGUGGCAUCAAGUUACUCAAAGCUUCUCAGAGGCGACAGCGAGGUUCCGACAGCGAGGAUAAGGACAGGAGUUCAACUGGAGCGAUUUCAGAGCUGAGCUUGGACGGUCUCAGUUCUCAGGAGCUGAUGGGGGCUCAGGUGUUUCAGGAUGAGCACGGCCAACUGCACUGGCCCGUCCUGUUCCUGUAUCCUGAGCACCAGCAGAGUGAUUUCAUCUCGGCUUUCUGUGAAAACAGCUGUUUUAUUGAUCAGCUGGUGGUCAUGUUUGGAGAAGAACUUCCACCGUGGGAUGUAGACAGGAAAUAUUAUCCACAAAACUUACAGUUGUACUUUGAGGAUGAGGAGAAAGAGGCUGUUUACCAGAUAAACCUGGAGACAACACUUUUGGAGGUGUUGCAGCAUAAAAGGUUCUUUGUCAAGGCAGGAACUCCGAGCUUCAUGGUUUUUGCAAAAGACUCACCUUUUAAAACAAAGUUCUUAACGGGAAAGAAAGUGAAAAGGUUGUGAAAAAAAAAUGAUACGUUUCUUUUCUUGGACAUUUUUAAUGCAAUGACUUAUAAUUGUCCCAUCUCCACAUCACCGACUCUACAAACCCAAAGACCAAAUAUGACUGGUGCGUGUCUGGUGCUAUAGACACAGUAAAAGCUGAUUCUGUCAAACCAGGAAAUAAAGUGAUUUAUUACCUGAAAGAAG